CUGUCAACUUGUUUUGCCUGCCUUGCAUCGGCAUUCGGCGUUGGAAUCUUGUGCCGUGCGGACGUAACGUUUCUGCGACUUUUCCGUCUUUGAGCGCGCUUAUGUUGGUGCCGUUUUAUCACGCUAUCUUUAUAACAGCGAUAACAGCAGCAUUCACCACUAAUUAAAUGCUGAAGUGUCUGUGUGUCAAUUGAAUCGGUACGACUUUUGACUGAAUUAAAUUGCGAAUUACAAAACACAAUAGCAAUCGGUAAUUAACGGUUAUAAAGCCGGACCAGUGCGGUAAUAAAAACAAUUUGAUCGGGUGCCAAAAGAUAUUUUUGCACACACUCCUUUUUUGGGAUAAUUAAAAGGACAGUGUUUCGUCCCGUGUGUGUCCUUCCGGUGGACUGAGUCUGUGUGUGUGUGCAGUGGUUGCGGAGGAAUUUCUCAUUAAACCGGCGCUAAAAGGAUUACGAACCCGUUCUUCUUCAUCAGACCCGCGGACCGAGUAACGUUCCUUCUUCGAUUUCUUCAUCGACCGGAAACUUAACCCCGAAAACAGAUCUUGAAAUUAUGAUGUCGCAUCAACUGCAGCAGACACGCCGCCGUUUGGGCUCCGUUAGCGAUUCGGCGCCACCAUCGGAGUCCAGUGAGGGCACCGGCUCCUCCCUGGAGCCCCGGGAUGAGCUGAUCCUCCAUCCGGACUGGUCGGCCCACUCGCACUCGUCGGCACAGAGAAGCAGCGCCCAUGGAACCACAUCGCUGUACAAUGCCUCGGAUAUCGAUGCGGAUACCAUUAGCACGGACACCACGAGCAACACAAAUCUGUCGGACUACGAACGUGGUCAGGUGGAGAGUUUCUUCGGCGGAUUGGGCACUGAGAUAUUCGUGAGCGGUGCUUUGGCCAAUCUCUACGAGGGAACCGGAAACGAUGGCGACUGGCGUUUGGUGUUCACUGGCAUACCGGUGAUACUCCACGACAAGGGAAACUCCAAGGCCAGAGCUAUACCCAGAGUGACUCUGGUUCUGGCGGAGAGGGGCUCCUGCUUCGCCCUGUGGUCGGAUCGGAUUGAUAACUUGUCGAACUAUCGAAUCGCAGGCCCCUCGUUCCACACCAUGUGCCGGUCCAGCAAUCAUCAGCAGAUGAUUGGCUUCAGUUUCGAUUCCACGGACGCGGCCCGCGAGUUGUGGCAGCAAGUGGAGCGUUUGGUCAGCAAUCCAGAGGAUGAGGCUCUAACCGUGGCCGCAAACCGGAAGUCCAAGAAACAGAAGCGCGUCAAGCCGGCUCCCUUGCCGCCAAAGUCGCAGAUUUCGCAUCCAUGCCAGUUCCACCACGUGACCAGUGUGGUGAAGGAGGACAGUGAGCGGUACUACAGCAUGCAGGCCUUCGGACCCCCCAAUCCCCAGCAGCAUCGUUGAGUAGGGUCGGGCGCGUGGAUCUGGAACAGGAGCGCCCUAUGGUGGCAGAACUGAGUCUGCCUCGAAAUACCCCACAACCACGACAAAAAUCCAGCAAAACCCCUUAGUUCGUAUGGCUAGUUAUAGAUCCAUUUGUUAUAGGCCUAAGUUAUGCCAAUGUGUGAUCCGAGUACGGAACUCGGCCAACACAUUUAUCUGUGAUACGAUUUAGGCGACUUUACUUUAGAAGAGGAUACUGAUAAUACAAUUUGAUAAAGAGCAUUUUUAAACGAAGAACGUGGCAAGUGAAGCGAGAACUUUUGCGAGUUAUUUAAACACAUUUAACGAUUAACGUUUGUCGAUAAGCAAGUUUUUGUAAAACCUUUUCUAAUAUCACGCAUAGACACAUAUACCCUUAUGCAUAAUUAUAUUCUUACCAUAUAGUCCUGAUAUCUAUCGAGUAAUCUGUAUGUCCACACUCGCAGGCACUGCGAAUGAUAUUGAUGCCUGAAAAGCUUGCUUUCCUAUCGGAUUAUUGACUAAGCCCAGACAAAGAUACAAAAACUGUUUUUUGAAAUCUAUGUAUCAUAUUACACACAUAAAUAUAUUACUAUAUUACACCUAUCUAUAUAUUAUAUGUAGUUCUAAGCACUACAUCAUAGCCACUUGUCUGUAUAUCUCUGAGCUACAUAUUUUGCCUGUGCAAAACAAUCGCGAGAAUCAAAUAAAGCUGACAAAAAAGCAAAAUAAA